AUGGAGCCUUUAGAGCAAGAAACUAUGGCAGCCAGCGCCCUUCUACAGUCCGGAUUCCCAUUUUGUCCGUUUCCUGAAGACCAACUGAAAGACCUCCCCACUGAUAGUGUGCUGGAAUGGGUGGAAGAGAAGUUGGAUGCAGGCCAACUGUUUGUCGUGCGCAGCUUCGACAGACUAGAUACACGGGCGCUGUACUGCUCACCAGAGAGAACCUCUUCAAUCUUCUAUCCCUGGAAUCAAUCCUUGUUCGUAACUGCCAGGCCGGACGCGAUAUCCGCGUAUCGGCGCAAGAAUUGCUGCGUCCCGAAAGGUCUGGCCGCAAGGACAAGCGUAAAACUUGGGAAUAGUUAG